AUGACGCGGAUAUCACUGUUUUUGCUGCAACUUCUUUCCUGUGUGGUUGUCGUCUUCAGUUUUGACAUAACAGGAAAAGUAUUGUGGAAUGACGAAUGCCCGGAUACCACUGCUCUUGGACAGGCAAAGGUGUCGUUAAAUGAAGGUAUUCUGACUGGGGGUAUAACACGAAAUGGAGAAUUCACAAUUCCGGAUGUUCCUUGGGGAACUUACAUCUUGACAAUCCUUGCCCAUGACUAUUACUUUGACCAGGUACGGAUAGACGUGUCCAACUCGACUUCACCUGAAGUUCGUCCCUACGUUGCUGGCACCCCGAUGGAUCCGCCCUCUACAAUCUUCCUUCCAUAUCCCAUUUCACUGACGCCGAGGGAGAAGUAUGUGUACUUCGUUCCUCCUGAACGUUUCAAUCUAGCUGGGAUGCUCGCAAAUCCAAUGAUGCUUCUCAUGGUCGGGGGCGGCGUAAUGAUGUUGGCCAUGCCAUACCUCAUCAAAAACCUCGACCCUGAAGCUCUUGAAGAGUUGAAGGAACAGCAAGGAAAGAUGGGCAGUAUCCAGAACGCAUUCCAAAAUGGAGAUUUCAAGUCUGGAUUCUCCUCUCUAAUGGCAGCCGCUGAUCAACCCGCCCAAGCAUCACCUAGUAAGGCAGGGGGUGCGGCAAAGGCCCGAGGGAACAAGAAAGCAAAGAGAUGA